UCCCACCCACUCUACCCAUAGGCCAAGACGAAGAUGGCGACGAUGACUGGGGCGAUAUGAUGACCGCUACCCCGGUUGAUUCGCCAUCUUUCACCGAGGACGAGAGAGGGUUCAACAGCAACCGUAGCAGUAUUGAUCCCCAGUCCGCUUUCCAGUUCGAAACGGUAUUUGAUAGCUCCAAAGUCGCAUCGCCAAGGAUUGAGAAAGCCAGCAAGCGACCCUUGUCUUGGCAUCUGGGGCAGACGCUUGCCAAGCCCUUUAAACGAGGGGCCAAGACGCCUUCGACACCACUGUUCCCGAGCCCGUUGUCUAAGCCGAUGACGCCGCCUCGGGUCACACCUACUCGCCAUACACAUACAAUGUCUGCCGGCGCGUCAUCGAUGCAGUUUUCGCCGGCUAGACUUAGUUUGAGCGCUGAAGAUGAGGAAACCGUGGCAAAACUCUUACGGGAUAUCCCGGAUUUGACGUAUAUGCUGCGCUGAUGGUUGGAUGGACGCGACGCCUUCACUCAAGGCUUGGGUAUUUAGUUGUGAUGAUGAAGUUGUUGAGUUUCUGGAUCAAAAUACAUAUUUUGGAGUGUACUAUCGCAUAUGAAAGUAGCAAGGCGUAUCUGGCUUAUGCAGAAUAUUUGGAUAGCAUUGACUUGGGUGGAGCUGCUUAGAGAACCUGUAUAUUGAAAAAGAGGUAUUAUAUCCUAACUAUAAUCUUGUAUAACCAUGUGCAAACUGUAAUUCAUGCUCGCUUCAUAAAUAACUCAUCAAGUCGUCU